ACACAGGAACGUAGCGAUUGUGGCGGUCUGGUUGAGAUACGUGAGAGUCUGACAGUCCUGCAGCGUUUUAUCCUUACUUUAUCAUAGCGCAGUUGUUAUUGCUAAAUGUACUGAGCUGCACAGACCCAAGGUAAACCUCAGGUGCAAAGUAUACACUAGUAAGGUACACAUUUCACUGCCAUACCGUCAGCUAAGGUUGCAUGAUUAUUGUGUACCAGCUUCCUAAGGAUGGAUAGUGAAGUUCAGAGAGACGGCAGGGUUCUUGAUCUCACCGAUGAUGCUUGGAGGGAGGACCGCCUGCCUUAUGAGGAUGUAACGAUCCCCCUGAGUGAACUUCCUGAAGCGGAGCAGGACAACGGUGGAUCUACAGAGUCUGUGAAGGAACAAGAGAUGAAGUGGUCGGAUCUAGCACUGCAAAGUCUACAUGAAAAUACGCCAAAUUCUGGGAACUAGCCAGCCCCGUUUAACUACACCCGGCCAGGGGGCCGUUACCUCUGAUUGCAGGAGGAUCUUCUUGUCUUCUGUUAGUUUGACCAUGGACUAUGUUUUAACGACAAGAUUUUUCGUCCAGUGUCAAUGGCUUUUCUUUGCUUCACACCAACGAUGAAAUAAUUAAAUAUUGUUCAUGUUUAUUUUAAGAUACACAUGGGAAUUUGUUGGUGCAUUGCCGUGCACGGAAUCAUCAUUUCCAGAGAGCUGCAGGUGACACUCCUUGAGUUUGCAAAGUGGAUUACCUUGGUCACCUUGCUGUGGGCUCCUGUGUUUUGGUCAUUGUGAGUGCAGCGUUGCAGUGCAGGAGGGUCAGGACCACCUGAUAAUCAUUUCUGUGUGAUGAGCACGGAUAUCUUGGCAUGGCCUACUCUGAAAAGAUCUGCUGUAUGUUUUUUAUGUAAACUUGAGGGAUAGCAACACAAUAAAAUAAUUUAAAACAUUUA